UCUUAUCACAUGACAUUAUGGCUCUUCACUUGAUUAUCGCGUGCAACUUAUCUCUAGAGUGCGAAUUAUCAUUUCUUUCUGCAAAAAUAAAUCAUUACUAAGCAGAAUCCGAGAUUAUCUUCACACAAAGUAUGCCCUGCUGUAGCGUCGGCGUCUGCAAUCUUCAAUCAUGAAGUGACUCCGUAAUUUGUCUCUACUGACUUCGCCGUGGAUCGCUGCGCUCACGUUUUCCGAUAAAUUACGUCUGAACAGAAUUGAAGCUCGUGUCUACAGUUUCCAAGGUUCGAUGUUCAGAAACCAGAAUGAGAGAAUUCGCCAACCCAGCUCAUUGUCAGUGCUCAACGACGGAUCCUGCUUUUAAACAGGUUGUCAUCAUUGGAAAUGGCCCGUCUGGAAUUAUUCUGUCAUAUCUUUUGAACGGAAACUUGCCCUAUUACAAUGGGAGUCCUCAUCCAGAUGCAAUGCUAACAGCCCGACUUCAGUCAGCACCUAGUCCUUCCCUCAUCGAACAAGAUCUUGAAUUUUUAUCUCAGGGUCUAGAAGGUCGUUCAAAUAACCCAGUAUCUUUACUCAUGGACUCGCUAAUGCAUCCAUCAGCCGAUCUUGGGUUAGAGUAUCCCAGCGUCGUCAAAUUUGAACACUGUCCUAAUAGUUCAAUAGAUCAUGUUGUGAUCGGGAAAGGUGCUCCGGGUGGCAUAUGGCAGGACAUGAAAAAAAAUCUGUUGACCAUUAGUCUAUCUUCUUGGAUGGACCUUCCAGGCCUCACGUUUCAAGAAUGGAGUUCUAAAAAUUUGAACGUGAAGGAACCGGUGAAACGAGCGAAGGCAGGAAAAGUGGCGCAGUAUUUUUCUGACUAUGUCAAGAAAAUGAAAUUGUGCAAGUAUUUCAAGAACCACUGCACAGUAACAUCCGUCAAGCGGUUGAAAUGCUCAGAAGUGUUUUCCUCGUGUGGACAAAUGGUAGUCUCAGACGAAGGUCUAUGGUUAGUCAGUGGUUUCAGUAAUGCGACUCACGAGCCAUUCAGGUAUAUCACGCCCCGAGUUGUUCUUGCAACAGGAACUGCGGAUGUGCCUAACAAAUUGAACGUACCUGGUGAAACUUUGUACAGCUGGAUCAAGCAUGAUUUAGCCUCUUUCGAAUUUGAUUUGAACAGGAAGAGUAAAGGCUGCUACUUAGAAAAUGAAGGGAAAGCAACAGUAGAUCCUGUUUUGGUGGUUGGAUCAGGAUUAAGUGCUGCUGACGCUAUUUUAUUAUUGAGGCGGCUCAAUGCUCCAAUAAUCCAUGUUUUUAACCAGAGCUCAACAUCAGUUUUAAAAAGUCUUUCCAAAAGCAUUUAUCCUGACUAUCAACAGGUGUGGAACUUAAUACACAAUAGUGAAAAUGAACAUGACGGGUAUCAAAAAUUACCAGACCACCAGAUCCUUGAUUUUACCAGUCGGAAUAAUCAUCAUUAUGUCCAAAUAGCAUCUCCAGAUGGAAAAGUUUUUCGAAAGAAAAUUUCUUCUGCUGUUAUUCUAAUCGGCUCUCGUCCAAAUCUCUCAUUUUUACCUGAUUUUUUUCAAGAAGGGAAAACUUUAGGGGUAACAUCCAAUGAGCCGAUUGAUUGCCGAAAAAAUCCUCUGAACCUAAAUCCCUGGACCCACAAAGUUGUGAACGCUCCACCCGUUUUGUACGCAUUGGGCCCACUCGCUGGUGACAACUUUGUGCGAUUUCUACUCGGUGGUGCUGUUGCUGUUCUAUGUCACAUUCAUGAUGAAUCAAAACGACAGGCGGUCAGGUAAAGUUAAGUCAUUCUCUUCUUUAAUCUCCUGUCAGUGCUGCCUGACAAAGUUUUGAGCUCCGAUCUGCAAGACAGUCCAGAAUUGCAGGCCAAAACAUUGCAUUUCAAUCCUUCAUGAAAUACUCGUUGAUCAGAUUCAUGAGAGAAUAUCUGAGCGGUAAUGUCGCUGGUCAUUUGCACUAUCACUCGAUCAAUCAAACCCGCUGUGAAAAUUUUAAUUUUUAUAUCUUUACACCUUUAAACCUCUCUAAUUAGUCAUCUUUGUUGCUAAAAGCCUCUCUUUGAUCAAAUGUGUGCUGUAUUACUUCUUUGAGCAAGCUAACACCCAUCUAGAUUACCAUUUUUCAGACUUAAGAAAAUUUUAACUGAUAUCCAUAGCAGACUGGUUUCUUUUCCAUCCAUCCAGAGUUCUUAUUAGCUAUCAAAAUACUGUAAACCUCUAGGAAAGAACUUUAAGAACAAUUACUGUAACAUUUGUCUUAGCUCUUUGCAUUAACCUCUGCUUAAACCUCUGGUUUCAGUUUCACAAUUUUCCAAUGAUUUGGAUAUUUUGUGUUGAUUUAGGAUUAGAAUGAAAGCUUUUUGCAAAAGUCAUACUUCGUGUGAAAGUAGACCAGAAAGUAGUCUAACAUUCACACUAUGGUUCAUAAUGUAAGAAUUAGCUUUAUUUACAGCCUCGCAAAACAUCCAGCUCGUAUCAUCAUGUUAACUAAAACUUUUAUUUAAUUUAUUUUUAACUUUCUCUUAACAGAUAUUUAAUGCUCUUUUAUAAUAUUUGACAACUUAAGUAUGAAUAUUAAUUGUUAGCUUUUUACUAAAUGAAAGCCCUUGAUAUCUCUCCCGUCUUCUGUUUGCUCCGAGCAUAGUGGGUGAACGGACAAAAAGACACAUAUUCUGUUGCUUAGUGCCUAAGAAUCAUGAAUAAUUUUGAUUUGAGGAAAUGUUGAACAAAUGAAAGAGGCUUUGUCUUGGUAAUUGAAAAUUUUGACCAUAUCUGUGAACAAAUCUCAGAACUAGAAAAAUUGCAGGCAAUCAGUGGCAGCGAAGUCUUUCUAUGCUACUUUUGCAUACCAGAGUCACAGCACACUGAGCAGACUUUCAAUAAUCAAAAUCAUGGAAAAAUUAAGUUGAGCUCUCAGAAAGUGUCUGAAAUGUACACAUUUACAAGCAAUUCUGUUCUAGUCACGCUUAACCAGAUCAUUUAAAAUUUCAAUAAGUUUAAAGCUUUCUUAUUUGUCUGUUUUUUCUAAUUUAAGAGCAGAAAAAUUCUUUUAAGGUGUCGAAAACGUUUGUUAAAAAUUGAGAAAUACUGAUCACCAUGUUCAAGGUGAUUUAUUAAUUUCAGUUAAAACCUAGAUGCCCUAUACCAAGAGGAAAGUUCCCCUGGAGGCAAAUAUGUAUAAUGAAAAUACCUGUCAGGACCCAAAAAUUUUGCUCAAAUACAUCACAUUUGCUUAGUUAUACUAAUAUGAAACUCACUCAGUUAGCUGUAUCUCUUGUGUGCAAAAGCCCUAUCGCCA